AUGAAGUCUGGGAAGUACACAUGCCCUGCUCCACACAGAAUUGCUCCACUUCAUGAAUUCUCAGAUGAAAUCCAUAGUGCUCACGAUUUACCAUCCUCAUCUGAAAAUGUAGGGGCUUCCAGUGCCUGUACCUCUGCCAUGGUGACCCUGCAACUGUCUGAAAUUCUCCAGAACUAUGCUCUGCAGUGCGACGCUACCAAUAGCAGCCAUAUCAGUGGGAAGUUCAAUGCAUCCUACGGAUCGGGCAGAGAAGCUGAUGCACCUGGAGAACCUGCAUGGGACUUGCCUCUGCCUGCUUGUAUCCAGCAGCCAGCCUGGGAGGACUGGAAGAGUGGCCUACAGGGCAAGGAGCAUGCCUUUAUCUUGAAGAAGAACAUCAAUCAGGAGUACAUUGGUCUGCACCAGAUGGCGAGUAACCUGCACGAAAACCACCACUGUGCAUUCCUAGAGAGCCACUUCCUUCUCCAGAAAGUCCAGGCCAUCAAGGAGCUAGCCUAUCAUUUCAUCUGCCAGCACAAGAUGGCGUCCCCAGAUGCCCCUAUGUCCCAUUACAUCCUUGAACAUUUGCUUCUGGGUGAAGCUGACAGAAAGGAUUGA